AUGACCGACUCUGUGGGGAGUGAUGGUCAUGAAGCAUCCAGAAGAGGUCGUUCUAGAAAGACCGCCGUUGAAACUGCUCCAGAAGCCUCCAAGUCAAAGACUGCUCGCUCUCGCAAGAUAGAUACUGCUGCUGAACCGACCGAAGCUGAGCCAUCUACCAAGAAACCUCGCAAGGCAACUGCCAUUGCCAAAGUCAAAGCUGUUGGUCAUGCAGGAAAUGCCAGAACUACCAGAAGCGCCAAACCAAAAGUUGAAUUGGUUUCUACAGCUACUAAAUCUAACAAGGCUGCAUCCGCAUCUGAAACCGUUGCUCCUCUAGCUGAUCAUGACUUGACUGUUGCUAAUAGUGGAGGGUUUAUCACCAUUGAGCAUGCCAUUAGCUGCUCAACAUACAAGGGAAAAGGAUCGGCACUUGGAAAGGCUCUCAAGGCUGCUUUCCCUAAAAGCACUAUCGAAAUCAAUCCUGUGAAACCUCGGGCUGCUUCAUUCGACAUUCGUGUGAAAAAGUCUCCUUCUGAUGAUUGGACAACCGUUUGGAAUGGCCAUAGUAUGGGCCCACCACGCAAUCUCAAGUUUAUAGAUGUCGAAAAAGCCGUUGAUCUCGUAACCUGCUAUUUUGACGGUCAAACUGCAGAAAGCUAAAGUACUCACUACACCUUCUACAGCCGUAUUCAUGCAAAAUGGAACACUGUACUUAUCUUGCGACGAUUUUUAUUUUGCUUUGGAAAUAAACAAUGCUUAAAUAUUUGGUUUCCU